AUGCCCAAAUCCUCCUUACAUGGUUCUGGCCGAGGCCUAUUGGUAUCCAACUCCCAAACGCAAGCAAGUGGCGUUGCUUCUAGCAUGGAUUCUGACUUAGAGGCGUUCAGCCAUAAUCCAGCAGUGGGACGCUUCGGACCAAUGGCUUCUCAGACAGGGCCAAAUACCAAUUAUCUGAAUGAACGGUUCCUCUCGUACUAA